AUGGCCCCGCGAAAGCGUGGUCGGGAUGAGAUGGAGUCUUCCGAGCCUCCCAAAGAGAUCAGCCUCUUGAGCAAACUACGCAACAUGUGGGAGUUUGCCUGCGUCAUGCAAUACAUCUUCACCUUUGGCAAGGCAGUGAAAAUUGAUGAAGAUUUUGUUAUCGAGGACUUCGAAACCGAAUGCCUGAAAUCCGGCCCCUCGGAGAAGCUCGAAGAAAUUGGCUUGACGUUACUGAAAUGGAUCUCGUCACAUCGUGGCCUCACACACGAAAACUGGGAUGAAUAUACUCGACGACAAUAUGUCGCCAAAGCACCGCAUCUGAACCCUUACGGCACGGAAGAACAACCAAGAACAUUCCGUUGCUUCGACAUUUUCCAAAAGAUACGAGUGUUACACCAGCUGACACGUAUCGAAGAGCUUGGCUGGGAUCGCCAAGAGCGCUCUUACUUCGUUUUAGACGAUAGUCGCCUUUACCGGCGGACGGAGCCUCCACUACCGGGCGCGUGGAAAGCAAAGCCCAAGUCCAAUACUCUCAAAGCGCAAGCUGCUCGGCGCCGUGCCAGCAAACGGAGAAGGAUUGAAGGAUCAGAAACACCAGAGAUGAAGGAUGGAGAUGGGAGUGUUGUCGCCGACUCCCAGUCUGCGGAACACUUGAUGAACGGUGAUCAGCAGGUAGACACUUUGGGCGGAUAUAAGUGGGAAUGUGUGGCAGUCAGCAGUGAACAAUAUCAGGGUUUUCUGAGAACCAUUGAGAAAAGCCGAGAUCCCAACGAGAAAGAUUUGAGUUUAAGUAUCAUCGAGCACGUCCUGCCUGUCGUUGAGAAAGCCGAAGAGUCGCAGAGACGCAAAAUGGAGAGGAAGCAGAAGGAGCUACUAAAUGCUCAAAAACUUAGUGGCGCAAAGCGUUCUAGUCGGCUGGCUGACAAACAAGAGCGUGACCGGCAGGAACGCGAGGCUGUUGAGGCUGCUGAGAAGCAUGCUGCGGACCUCGCUGCUGCCCAUAGGGAACAAGAAAGACAAACCAAGCUCGAACAGGAUCGACAAUCUAGGAUGAUGACUAGGGAGCAGAGAAUCAAAGAUCGAGAGUACAAGAGAUUACUACAUGAGGAGGAAUUGGCCAGGGUGGCUGAAGAAGCUAAGCGAGUUGAAGCAGGAGAAGCUCGUGGGUCCGAGCGACACCUCAAAGCUCAAAUGGAGAAGCACAAGCGUGACCUUGAAGAUCUUUGCUCAAACGAGGACUGGGUCUUUGAUUGCUCAGGCUGUGGGAUCCAUGGCAAAAAUGUGGACGACGGUGCACACAGCGUUGCUUGUGAAAAGUGUAGCGUAUGGCAGCACAGCCAGUGCUUAGGCAUUCGACGCAUUGAAGCCGAGAAGGAUGAUUUUCAUUUUGUUUGCAAAGACUGCAAGCGGAAGACUGAAGACGCCAAAAGGCCAAACAUCAAACUGAAAUUUCGAGCUGGUCUCUCAUCGUCCCCACCGCAGGCGAGAGAAAAACCUUCCACUGAAGCGCCAUCUCCCACGCUGAAGUUUAGAGCUAUCGAGGUACCUACACAAUCGUUGCAGAAUGGGAGGGCCUCCAGUCAAGGCCAAAGUACCAAUGUACCGAUAGAUUCGUCUCGCAAAAUGGCAAACGGGCCACCAUCAUCGCCAUACCUACAGCAUGCCGCUUCCAACGCGUCGAAUUAUCAUAUAUCACAUCAAACCUAUGCUUCGCCAAAUGCACGUCCACUCUCGACGUUGGCGUAUCUCAGUGGUUCUCAACAACAACAGCCAACGUAUCCAUAUCCAUUAAAUCCCCCGCACCAUCAAUCGCCUUCGCCGUCUCUGUACACAAAUGGUCAUGCACACAACCCCUCACAACAUGUCCAAGGAGGACGACCGGCUUCGGCAUAUGUAAACAACAACUUCUCACCAGAUAGAGUACAUCACUCUCAAGAUAUCUCCCAUCAACGAGAUUUGUCCCUUACAUCUACGCCACAAGUAGGAUCCGUUGCCAACAAGUCGCCAUAUAGCACUGUCCCAAACCCAACCACUCAACACCAGGGUCGUCUGCCCUCUCCAGUGCUCAACCGCCCUUCCAUGUCUCCAACCCAAGGUAACGCCGAUGUGGGCCCUCUUGCUGGGAUACCGCAUCAUUCUGCAAUAGGCUCAGCAAUGUCUCCGCCUCCAUCUCAACUACCGAUGAAUCAAUCCUUAAACCACUCCAUUGCAUUACAAUACCACAAUCAAGCUCAAGCCACCCCUUACACAAACGGGGUCGCCACCAACCAAUCACAUACAAUGCACAUAAACCCCACUGAGCCCCAAGCUCAACUUCAACACCAGCAGCAACAUCAAAAGCUCUCUGGCCUCUCACCCACCAAACACUCUCCGACUCUGCCCGCACCAUCCACCACAGCGUCGAACGAUCAUCCUUACGCACACCCAUCUUCAUCAACACCUCAAAUCCCACCGGCAACCGCAGCCGCAACCGGAAGUGGCCCCCGCCGCUCCAUAUCUGGUGCACUCAUCUUCCCACCCACAGAGAUGCUACAUCCGAGCCCCGAACAGUUGAGUAAGAGUCCGGUGCCUACGCCUAGCAAGGCGAUGACGCCGGCUGCUGUGGGGGAGGGGGAGCUGAGACGAGUCAGUAAGGAAAUUAAGGAUUGGGUUGAUGGUUAA